AUGAUCACAUCCUCCUCGACCGAUCAAGACAGUAGUAACUUGUCUGAAUCAUCCUUCCUGCACACAAGUCCCAAGUCAUCAUCAAUGCAUCAUGAUCACUCGAACAUCUUGUCUGAAUACCAUUCGAUCAUACCCACUACAAGAACAACACCCAUUCCUAAACUCAUUCUCUCUUUUUCUCUUGUAGUUCUCAUUUCAUUCUUUGUGUGUUACAUGUUAUUGAGUUACAUCUUACCUCCACUCUCUCACUCCGAAUAUGAAUUAUUAUUAAAUAAUAUUCCACCCAAACAAUUGAAUCAAAUCAAAAUAUUUAUUGAUGUUCUAUCCAAAUAUACUCUAUUGUAUUAUUAUCAAGUCUUGUCUUGUAUUUGUAUUUUAUAUUUAUUGAUUUUGAGUUUAUCUAUACCUGGAACAUUAAUGCUCAAUGUUUUAUUUGGUGCAUUAUAUUCUUCAAGUCAGCAUGUUGUUCAAAAUGAUGAUUCCAUCAUGAAUCCAAUUUUGGGAGUUUUAUUUCCAUUUAUAAUUUCUUUAUGGUGUGGUACGAUAGGUGCUAGUUUAGCCUACAUGUAUAGUCAUUUAUAUUUUGGAAGAUUAUUAAUUCAAAUACCUUCCAUUCACAAAUUCUUUAAGAAAUUUCAAAAUUUAUUAUUGAACUAUGAACAUCGAUUAUUCUUUUUAUUACUCUUUUUAAGAAUAUCACCUAUAUUACCAAAUUGGAGUGUUAAUUUAUUAUCACCACUUGUUGGAAUAUCAUUUCCAUUAUUCUUUAUCACUACAUUGAUUGGAAUUGCACCACAAACAUUUAUUUCUGUUCAGAGUGGAAUGUUGAUACGAGAAAUGUUCAAUGAAUGGAAUCAACAAGAUGAACAGCGAGGUAUUUCCAAUACUGAAUAUUCAAUUUCUCAAUUGGUGAUGAAACCUCAAACACUCAUGAUCCUGUUUAGCAUUUCAUUAUUGACCUUGUUACCUCUGAUGGUGGAUUUUAUAUUCAAACCAAAAGUCUUACCAAUCGAUCGUAGUCUGACAAGGCCUAUUUCUGACCAUCAUCAUGAUGAAAAGAUGGAAUGA